CAGACUUUUCAAAAAGGGAGCUUCGGCCCCCGCGUCGAGGGGCUCCCCCGGCCGGGGUAGCCCGGGCUCGCUCCGCUCGGCCAAGCCCCUCACGGACUUAACAACGCGCGGCGCCGAGCGCGGCAUCCCCGGCAUGGAGACCGGCUCGGACUCAGAUCAGCUUGAACGGGUCUUUUUACGACUUGGCCAUGCUGAGACAGAUGAACAACUACAGAAUAUUAUAUCUAAGUUCCUUCCUCCUGUUUUGCUCAAACUGUCCAGCACCCAAGAAGGAGUACGCAAAAAGGUAAUGGAACUGCUGGUCCAUCUGAAUAAACGUAUAAAAAGCCGCCCCAAGAUACAACUCCCAGUAGAGACACUGUUGGUUCAGUAUCAGGACCCUGCUGCAGUUUCCUUUGUCACAAAUUUUACUAUAAUUUAUGUUAAGAUGGGCUAUCCUCGCCUACCAGUGGAAAAACAAUGUGAACUUGCCCCUACGCUUCUUACUGCCAUGGAAGGGAAGCCUCAGCCACAGCAGGAUAGCUUAAUGCAUCUUUUAAUACCAACCCUUUUUCACAUGAAAUACCCUGUUGAAUCAUCAAAAUCAGCUUCUCCUUUUAAUCUUGCUGAGAAACCAAAGACUGUGCAGCUGCUUUUGGACUUCAUGCUUGAUGUCCUUCUGAUGCCUUAUGGAUAUGUGUUAAAUGAAACCCAGAGUCGCCAAAAUUCAUCUUCAGCACAGGGUUCUUCUUCAAACAGUGGGGGUGGUUCUGGAAUCCCACAGCCUCCCCCAGGAAUGAGCUUUUAUGCAGCUAAACGAGUUAUUGGUGACAACCCAUGGACACCUGAACAGUUGGAACAGUGCAAAUUGGGCAUAGUGAAAUUCAUAGAAGCUGAACAGGUGCCUGAACUUGAAGCUGUUCUCCACCUGGUGAUUGCUUCUAGUGACACACGCCACAGUGUGGCAACUGCAGCAGACCUGGAAUUGAAAAGCAAGCAAAGCUUAAUUGACUGGAAUAAUCCUGCCAUUAUUAAUAAGAUGUACAAGGUAUACCUUGGAGAUAUACCACUGAAGACAAAAGAGGGAGCAGUUCUGAAGCCAGAGCUGAAAAGGGACCCAGUUAGUACCAGAGUCAAGUUAAAGAUUGUUCCCCAUCUCCUCCGUUCUAGACAAGCUGCUGAAACGUUCCCAGCUAACAUUCAGGUUGUAUAUGAUGGGCUUUUUGGUACAAAUACAAAUUCAAAGUUAAGAACACUAUCCCUGCAAUUUGUGCAUCACAUUUGUAUAAACUGUCCCGAAAUCAAGAUUAAGCCAUUAGGUCCAAUGCUUUUGAAUGGCCUCACCAAGCUAAUCAAUGAAUAUAAAGAACCUGAAGUUCAAGUUCGACAGGUGGCUGUGAAAUUUGCCAGCACGGUGUUUCCCUCAGAUCAUAUACCUUCCAGAUAUUUGCUCCUACUAGCUUCAGGAGAUCCACGAGAAGAAGUUCAUGGAGAAGCACAACGAGUAUUAAGGUGUCUUCCUGGCAGAAACAGAAAAGAAAGUACUUUUGAGCAGAUGCCUUCUUUCCCAGAAAUGGUAUAUUAUAUCCAAGAAAAGGCUUCUCAUCGAAUGAAAACUCCAGUCAAAUACGUGACUGGGACUACUGUCCUUCCAUUUAACCCAGCAGCCUUUGGAGAGAUAGUUCUGUACUUGCGCAUGUGCCUAGCUCACAGCGCAGGGGUGGUGCCUACUUCUCAGUGUUUGGCUGAUAUGCAAGAUCACGCCCCAGCCAUUGGACGCUAUAUACGGACUUUAAUGUCAAGCCCCCAGGGAGCAUCGUCAUCUUCUAAUAAGAGUGGAGAAACCAACCCAGUUCAGAUCUACAUUAGCCUGCUUCAGCAGCUGUUAGCAGGUGUUGGAGGCUUGCCGGUCAUGUAUUGUUUACUGGAAGCUGUGUCAGUGUAUCCAGAAAAGCUGGCUACCAAAUUUGUAGACAAAACAGAAUGGAUAAAGAGUCUGAUGAGUAGCAGUAAAGAAGAAAUGCGUGAACUGGCAGCGCUGUUUUAUUCUGUGGUGGUAUCAACAGUGUCAGGAAAUGAGUUGAAAUCAAUGAUAGAACAGCUUAUAAAGACUACAAAAGAUAAUCAUAGCCCAGAGAUACAGCAUGGAUCCUUGCUUGCAUUGGGAUUCACGGUGGGAAGAUAUUUAGCUAAAAAGAAAAUGAGAAUGGCAGAGCAACAAGACCUGGAGACAAAUGCAGAUUUUCUGCCAGAACAAGAAGAGCUCAUUCAGAGUGCCACAGAAACAAUAGGCUCGUUUUUGGACAGUACAUCACCUCUCUUGGCAAUUGCUGCAUGUACAGCCCUGGGUGAAAUUGGCAGAAAUGGUCCACUUCCAAUCCCUAGUGAGGGAUCAGGCUUUACCAAGUUGCAUCUUGUAGAAAGCUUAUUAAAUAGAAUACCUUCCAGUAAAGAAACAAAUAAGAUGAAAGAACGAACCAUACAAACACUGGGAUAUUUUCCAGUUGGGGAUGGAGAUUUUCCUCACCAGAAACUCCUCUUGCAAGGUCUGAUGGAUUCUGUGGAGGCCAAGCAGAUAGAACUUCAGUUCACUAUUGGCGAAGCCAUUACCAGUGCUGCAAUAGGGACUUGUUCUGUGGCUGCCCGAGAUGCCUGGGUAGUGACUGAAGACGAAUAUACUCCUCCUGCUGGAGCCAAAAUAAAUGAUGUGGUCCCAUGGGUGUUGGAUGUGAUUUUAAAUAAACAUAUCAUCAGCCCCAACCCACAUGUGAGGCAAGCAGCCUGCAUCUGGCUCCUUUCCCUUGUGAGGAAGCUAAGUACCCAUAAAGAAGUGAAGUCUCAUCUUAAAGAAAUUCAGAGUGCGUUUGUUUCAGUUCUGUCAGAAAAUGAUGAACUUAGCCAAGAUGUUGCCUCAAAAGGCCUUGGGUUGGUUUAUGAACUAGGCAACGAACAAGAUCAACAGGAAUUGGUUUCUACUCUUGUGGAAACACUUAUGACUGGCAAAAGAGCUAAACGUGAAGUUUCUGGAGAGACAGUGGUAUUUCAAGGGGGAACCCUUGGUAAAACACCAGAUGGCCAGGGCCUUUCUACUUACAAGGAGCUUUGUUCUCUGGCAAGUGAUCUUAGUCAGCCAGAUCUGGUGUAUAAAUUUAUGAAUUUAGCCAACCAUCAUGCAAUGUGGAACUCUAGGAAGGGUGCUGCUUUUGGUUUUAAUGUAAUUGCUACCAAAGCUGGAGAACAGCUGGCUCCUUUUCUGCCUCAACUAGUUCCUCGUCUUUAUCGUUAUCAGUUUGAUCCCAACCUUGGCAUUCGACAGGCCAUGACAAGUAUUUGGAAUGCAUUGGUCACUGACAAAUCAAUGGUGGAUAAAUAUUUGAAGGAAAUUCUUCAAGAUCUGGUUAAGAACCUUACCAGCAAUAUGUGGCGAGUUCGAGAAUCCAGCUGUUUGGCUUUGAAUGAUUUGCUGAGAGGAAGACCCUUAGAUGACAUCAUUGAUAAACUUCCAGAAAUUUGGGAAACGCUUUUUAGAGUGCAAGAUGACAUCAAGGAAUCUGUACGAAAAGCAGCAGAACUAGCUCUGAAGACUCUGAGCAAGGUUUGUGUGAAAAUGUGUGACCCUGCCAAAGGAGCAGCUGGCCAGAGAACCAUCGCUGUCCUUCUGCCUUGUCUUCUGGACAAAGGAAUGAUGAGUUCUGUGACGGAAGUUCGAGCCCUCAGCAUUAACACCCUUGUGAAGAUCAGCAAAAGUGCAGGAGCCAUGUUGAAACCACAUGCACCAAAACUCAUCCCAGCUCUGCUGGAGUCCUUAAGUGUACUGGAGCCCCAAGUUCUCAAUUAUUUGAGCCUUCGGGCCACGGACCAAGAAAAGGCUGCGAUGGAUAGUGCUCGACUCAGUGCUGCCAAGUCCUCUCCCAUGAUGGAAACAAUCAACAUGUGCCUGCAAUAUCUUGAUGUGUCGGUGCUGGGUGAGCUAGUUCCUAGAUUAUGUGAACUGAUCAGAAGUGGUGUAGGUCUUGGAACUAAGGGAGGCUGUGCCAGUGUCAUUGUGUCAUUAACUACUCAGUGUCCCCAGGACCUGACACCCUACUCAGGUAAACUUAUGAGUGCUUUGCUUAGUGGCCUGACAGAUCGGAACAGUGUGAUUCAGAAAUCCUGUGCAUUCGCCAUGGGCCAUUUAGUUCGGACCUCACGAGAUAGCAGCACUGAAAAACUCCUACAGAAGCUGAGUGGCUGGUAUAUGGAAAAAGAAGAACCUAUCUACAAGACCUCUUGUGCUUUGACUAUUCAUGCUAUUGGACGAUACAGCCCUGAUGUAUUGAAGAACCAUGCCAAAGAAGUUUUGCCUUUGGCAUUUCUAGGCAUGCAUGAAAUUGCUGAUGAGGAGAAAUCUGAAAAAGAAGAAUGUAACUUAUGGACUGAAGUAUGGCAGGAAAAUGUACCUGGUUCCUUUGGUGGCAUUCGGUUAUACCUGCAGGAGUUGAUUACCAUUACGCAAAAGGCUUUACAGUCUCAGUCCUGGAAAAUGAAGGCACAGGGUGCAAUUGCCAUGGCAUCAAUUGCAAAACAAACCAGCUCCCUAGUACCUCCAUAUCUCGGAAUGAUACUGACUGCAUUGCUACAAGGCCUGGCUGGAAGAACAUGGGCAGGAAAGGAAGAAUUGUUGAAAGCCAUUGCCUGUGUGGUGACAGCUUGCAGUGCAGAGCUGGAAAAGUCUGUGCCUAACCAACCCAGCACAAAUGAGAUUCUUCAAGCUGUGCUGAAGGAGUGUUGCAAAGAGAAUCUCAAAUACAAGAUAGUAGCAAUCAGCUGUGCAGCUGAAGUCUUGAAGGCCACCAAAGAAGACAGAUUCCAGGAGUUUUCUGACAUUGUCAUACCUCUCAUCAAGAAGAACUCACUGGAAAGUGUUGGAGUCCGGACAAACAAAAAUGAAGAUGAGAAUGAGAAGGAAAAGGAGCUGCAGCUGGAAUCUUUGCUGGGUGCCUUUGAGAGCCUGGGCAAAGCCUGGCCCCGAAACGUGGAGACGCAGCGUUGUUAUCGUCAGGAACUGUGCAAAUUGAUGUGUGAACGGCUAAAACUCAGCACGUGGAAGGUGCAGCUAGGAGUCCUGCAGUCAAUGAAUGCCUUUUUUCAGGGAUUAAUGCUUUUGGAAGAAGAACAUGCAGAUCCUGAGGCUUUGGCUGAAAUUCUCCUUGAAACUUGUAAAUCAAUCACAUAUUCUUUAGAAAAUAAGACCUACUCAUCUGUGAGAACAGAAGCUUUAUCUGUGAUAGAAUUACUACUUAAAAAACUUGAAGAAUCUAAACAGUGGGAUAGUUUGACAUCUGAAUGCAGAGUGCUCCUGAUUGAGUCUUUAGCCACUAUGGAGACAGACAGCAGACCUGAGCUGCAGGAGAAAGCAUCAUUACUGAAGAAAGCACUUGAAAGUCUGGAAUAGAAGGGGAAGAAAUAAACAAGUGCCAUGUUCAUUGGGGGUUGAAAUGGUGAAAAACCAAGUGGGGAAAAGUAAAGAUUAAUCUGUAGCAUGCAUCAUUCCUUGGCUGAAAUAAAAAAAAAAAAGCCUUAAA